AUGUUUCGUUCCCGGAUACGCAGCCGGCUGUUGGAGCGCUACGAGAGGCAAGUGUGCGAGAAGCUCUGCCGGCGGACGACCAACGGCUCUGAGCGGAGCUUUGUCUUGCCGCAUGCAUCGACGAGAGGAUAUGCGACGGGCAAGGGUUCAGCGAGUGCCGAUGCUUCGAGAGCGGUGAAUAAGGCUGCACCUGGAUCGGCGUCUUCUUUACGGAUAUCCUCUACGACGACGACAGGAAUAGAAGUAGGAACAGGAACAGGAACAGGAACAGGAGCAGGAGCAGCAUCUUCGGCGGCGGCCCUACGAACGGCCGAGGCGCGGGACUCUGCGCUGCGGGCGGCGCGCAUGCGACGGCUCGCGCAGCAGCAAGAUAGGCUGGAAGAGGAGGCGAAGAAGAAGGAGGCGAAGAGGGAGUACAAGAGGCGGUAUGAUACGGCGGCGAGGAAGUGGGUGUCGACGAUUAUUGCGUUGCCGAUAUUGCUUGUGACGAGUUAUUAUCUGUUUGACAGACUUGCGUUGAGGAAUGAGCCGAAGAGUUUGGAAAAGUAUCGGGGGGAGAAGAAGUGA